AUUCUACAUCGCUAGAUAGCGCAGUGAAAGUACAUUAACGCCAUUUUACGUCUCGCGAGAAGACAUGAUUUCAUCUUGUUGCUUAAAAUAAUAUUGUUGUGUUGCUUUUUAUUCUAAAUCUUUGCAAAUAAAUAAAAAAUCAAGAUGAUAAGUGUAGAAAUUUCUACCGGAAGAUCCAUUGAGCAAAUAUUUGUUAGCGACUUAUUGCUUUCAAUCGACGAAAUCUGGGAACGAUUUGAAAUAAUAACUGGCGCAUCGAGAAAAAAUUUUUAUGUAGUUAAAAAUGGCCGAACUAUUGGGGAAAAUAAUGAACUUUUGGAUGGGCGUGCAACCAUCGUUCCUAAAUUAAUUGGAGGAAAAGGUGGCUUUGGCUCCAUGUUACGAGCCAUUGGUGCACAGAUAGAAAAAACUACAAAUCGCGAAGCUUGCAGAGAUUUGAGUGGACGUAGAUUGAGAGAUAUUAACGAAGAGAAAAGACUCAAAUCUUGGAUCGAAAAGCAAGCUGAACAUAAAAAGGAAGCAGCUGAGCGUAGAAAAAGGAAGUUGGAAAGACUUUGUGCAGAACCGAAACAUGAGUUUAAAGAUCAAAAUUAUGAAAAGAGAAGAUCAACUGUCUCUGAAAUGAUUGAGGAGGCAGUAGAACAAGGAUUAAAAUGUGCUGCUGCUGAUUGUUCAACUAUGAAAAGGAAGCGCGAAGAAGAAGUUAAAAGUAAUAAGAAGAGAAACAUUUUUUACUUAGAUAUUGAUUCAGAUGAGCUCGAUACUACUACAGAUGACGAUAGUGAUACAGAAGAUUCUGCACCAUCGACAUCCACAUCCGAUCAACAAAUAUCUAGUAAUAGACUUUCUAGCGAUGAGACUAAUAAUGACAAUGAGAAAUUAAAAGAAACGAAAGUUUCAGAUUUAAUUGCUUCUGAAACUGUUAAUGCACAGACUGAUAUUUCAGUAGAAUAUUCUAAAGACAAAAUUGAAGAUACUAAAAACGUAAAUGUAGAUGAUAAGAGUGAAACUACUAAUGAAGUUUUAAUAUAAUAAUAAAUAAUCUAAUUGAAUAUAGAUUUGUACUUUAUAGUAGUGUAAUAUAAAUUUUAUUCAUUUUUACUUUAUUAGUAAAAUAGAUAUU